AGGAGACUGGGUUGAUAAGAACUCCACAGUCAGCCUCUCUCAGCGGUCCCGACCUCACAGCUCCAGACAGGCACCAUGAAGGACGAGGUGGCUCUUCUGGCCACUGUCACCCUCCUGGGAGUCCUGCUGCAAGCCUACUUCUCCUGGCAGGUGAUCUGUGCGCGCAGAGCCUUCCGCGUGUCGCCACCGCUCACCAACGGCCCGCCCGAGUUCGAGCGCGUCUACCGAGCCCAAGUCAACUGCAGCGAGUACUUCCCGUUGUUCCUCGCCACGCUCUGGGUCGCAGGCAUCUUCUUUCACGAAGGUGCGGCGGCCCUGUGCGGCCUCGCCUACCUAUUCGCGCGCCUCCGCUACUUCCAGGGCUAUGCGCGCUCGGCUCAGCAAAGGUUGGCUCCGCUGUACGCGAGCGCGCGCGCGCUCUGGCUGCUCGUGGCGCUGGCCGCGCUGGGCCUGCUCCUCCACUUCCUCCCCGCGGCGCGCGCCGCGCUCCUCCGACGGCUCGGGAAGCUGCUGCCCUGGGCCUGAGAUGGGGGACGUCGGUCCGCGGAGCCGGAGAAGAGCCGGGGCCGCCUGGAGGACGGGGGAGGGGUGCGCCCCCGCAUCCUGGUCUAAUUAAAGCGCCCGU